CGGCAGGAAAUGGUCUAGUGGGGGGAGAAAUAGAGGGGGUCGCUUCCUUUUUGUCUUCCAACAAGAGAGAGGCUGGCCGACAGACUGAGCAGUUGCUCUGCGAGGGGGUGGUGCACUUUGAGCCAGUGGCUGUGUAUUUCACCAAGGUGGGUGUGACCUCCAAAAUUCAGAGCAUAGAUCUCUUCACAAGGAAGUCAUGCCAGAAGACAAUGAGAACAUGGCAUCUGUAGCAGGUGAUGCGAAGGAUAAUGAGAUUCAUGAGGAGCCAUCUUUGGAUUCGUUGAAAACAAUCAAGCAUGAAGUGGGGGAAAAUACAUUUGGAAACCAAAGGACAUCAAAAAGGCAGGACAGAAAGCGGUCAAAGAAUUGGAGGAAGAAAUACUCUGCUUCUCCAUGUUCAGAACACCCUCAACUUCCCCCAGAUACUGAAAGAGUGAAAAAGUGUCCAGUGUGCGGGAAAAUGUUCAAAGACAAAUCAACACUAAAUAAUCAUCGCAGAACCCACACAGGGGAGAAACCCUAUAAAUGCAUGCAAUGUGGGAAAGGCUUCAGUGUGAGUGGUAACCUUACAAUCCAUCAAAGAACCCACACAGGAGAGAAACCAUUUAAAUGUAUGGAAUGUGGAAAGAGCUUCAGUGUCAGCUGUAACCUUACUAAACAUCAAAGAACCCACACAGGAGAGAAACCGUAUAAAUGUACGGAGUGUGGAAAGUGCUUUAGUGAUAGCGGAAGUCUCACUUCACAUGAAAGGAUCCACAGAGGGGAAAAACCUUAUAAAUGUAUGGAAUGUGGAAAAGGCUUUUGUGUGAGCAAUAGCCUUAUUGCACAUCAAAUAAUCCACACUGGGGAGAAACCGUAUAAAUGUAUGGAGUGUGGAAAGUGUUUCAGCCAAUGUGCAAACCUAAAUACACAUCAGAGAACCCACACAGGUGAGAAACCAUAUAAAUGUAGGGAGUGUGGAAAGUGCUUCACCCAGAGCGUAAAUCUAAAAACACAUGAAAGAACUCACACAGGAGACAAACCAUAUAAAUGCUUACUGUGUGGAAAGUGCUUCCAUGGCAGUGGAAGCCUUACUAAACAUAAAAAAAUGCACACUAUGGAGAAACCAUAUAAAUGCAUGGAAUGUGGAAAAGGCUUCAGUGUGAGUGGUAGCCUUACUCUACAUCAAAGAAUUCACACUGGGGAGAAACCAUAUAAAUGUAUGGAGUGUGGAAAGUGCUUCAGCCAAAGUGCAAACCUUAAAACACAUCAAACAACCCAUACAGGAGAGAAACCUUAUAAAUGUGUGGAGUGUGGAAAGGGCUUCAUUAAUAGUGAAAAGCUUAGUUCACAUCAAAGAACCCACACAGGGGAGAAGCCAUUUAAAUGCAUGGAGUGUGGAAAAUGUUUUAGCCAGAGUGCACACGUUAAUACACAUCAAAGAACUCACACAGGGGAGAAACCAUAUAAAUGCUUAAUGUGUGGGAAAUGCUUCCAUGAUAGUGGAAACCUUACUAAACAUCAAAGAACCCACACAGGGGAGAAACCUUAUAAAUGCAUGAUAUGUGGAAAGAGCUUUAGUGUGAGCAGCACCCUUACUUCACAUCAGAGAACUCACACAGGAGAGAAACCAUAUAAAUGCUUAGUGUGUGGAAAAAGCUUCAGUCAGAGUGGAAGUGUUACUACCCAUCAAAGAACCCACACAAAGAAACAACUAUAUAAAUGCAUGGAGUUUGAACCAAGCUUCAAUCUUGAUUGAAAGCUUUCUUGGCAGCAAAAAAUGUGAGAAUAAUAUAAAUGCCUAAGAAAGCCUUUCCCACCCUGGCUUCCCACAGAAGUUGUAUUCCAACUCUAAUAUGACCCAUGAUCCAUAAAGAUCUUAGUAUGGAUCAAAAGAAAUUGCAUAAGAGAGACUAUAAAUCCCUGGGUAGUGGAAAGAGCACAGCAAAAUGGUUACGAAAUAUUCAAAAAACACAGGGAAGAAAUAAUAAAUGUAUAAAUUAAGAAAGAUUUAGAUAGCGUGGUUUCUUAUUUUAUGCAGGCAGGAGUGAAGUUAUUUAAAUACAUGCUCUCUGAGAGCAGACUUGCUAUGCAGGAAAGAACCCACACAGGGAGGAAGCCAUAUGAAUGUAUGGUAUAUGAAAUGAGUUUCACAGGGGACAUCAAAGAAUCCACAUAAGGAAGAAACAUCUGGGAUGUGUGUGAUGCAGAAUCAACACAAAUCUUCUUAGACUUUAGAGAACCUACACAGAUGAGAACCCACUGGCAUGCUUCUGUGACAAAUUCUUUGAUAUUUUAGGAUUUAUUAAGAUUAUGCUUUUCUCUGUUUUCCCCAAAUGCAGUAGGUAUUCUUCACUCAUGCUCCUGGGGACUAUCCCUUCCAUCAGUGUGCCUACACUAGAAUUUGCUCUUUGGAUUACAGUUUUUAUUUGUGCAGUAAGAAAGGUUGUCUAUUGGGAACACACAUUGCAUGGUAAAUGUCUUUGGAAAAUGUAACCAACACCCAAGGUUAAUGGGGUGGAUUAGAAAGUGAGGAUAUGAAUAGUAGGAAAUAAUCAGUUGGUUGUAAAGUUGGACAGUGUAGAUUAAAUUAGCAGAAGAUUUGAGUGGGCAGAUUUGAGAAAGGAAGCAGUGAGACUAAUAAUGCGUUGCAGUAAUUAAUGGGGGAAGGAAAUGUGUGACCAGUCUGUAUUUGAGAGAGGGGACCAAGUUUAUAAAAGCUCCAGUUAUUAGAUGGUGUAGAAGUAGUCGAAAUAUAUAUGGUGGCUGAUUUUCCAUCUUUUGUAGUUUUCUUAUACUUGAUCUAUUUCUUAGGUGCAUUUGUGAGACCCACUGCACACUUUCCAACACUGGUUGAGAUUCACCUAAUCAAUCCCAUCAGCAGAAGUCAUGUAAUGGGGGUGGCCCACCGAAGCCCCCAAAAUUGGCUGAAGCGGCAGUUCAGGGGAAAAAAACAAAGUAGAGCAUGGGGGGGCGUGUUGCAACCAGCUAGCUGGAAUGCUUGUGCAGGUGAAACAUUUGUAAUGGUGCGUCACGGAACUCCAUCCUUUGCAAAUUACAUUUCCUGUCGAAGUUACUUUAGAGAUUAGAGGUUGUUGGUGAUUUGUGUUUGGUCCAUUUUUAAUGUAGCGGUUGAGAUGUAAUCAAGAAAAUAGGAUCAGUUGCACCUGAAAACUUCACUACUAACGUUUAUGCUUUAAAUACACAAUAAAAGAUUCAAGUGGUGAACUGUGAAA